ACACAAAUGCCGGUCAUUUGGUGCAGUAAAUGUUCACUUCAGUACCGUUAACGGUAUUCUAUUGAUAUGUUUGCAACGCUGCAGCCGCUUCAUGCCAGUUUAUUAACACAUAUUUCUCUGUGAGUUAAUGCAAUACAACAUUUAUGAUGCCUGCCACGAAUUUACAUCAAGUGUCAAACGAGAGCGAAGCGCUAUUGACUCCAGAGGAAAAAUGGAGAGUGAAUCACAUGAAGAUUCACGAACAGCAUCGAGGUCACGAAUCUAUGCACGCAGAAAUGCUGUUUAUAUUGUUGGUGACAUUAACAGUAGCACAAAUUAUACUGAUUGAAUGGAAGAAGAGGCACUUCAAGUCCUACCAGCUUGUAACACUAGUAGCUAUGUGGAUUAUUCCAUUUGGAAUUAGUUUGAAGAAUCACUGGUGGAGAUUUAUAUUUUUAUGGCUUUUAUCCUCGUGUAUAACAGGUCUAGUAGUAAGAAAAGCCAUUCAGAGACCAAUAGAAGGUACCACACCUAGAUUAGUAUAUAAAUGGUUUUAUUUUAUUUAUAAGCUUAGCUAUGUAUUGGGUAUAAUUGGAUAUAUUUUUAUUUUGUUUACAUUCUUUGGUUUAAAUAUCAUGAUAAACGUUAAGCCUCAAGUUUGGAUGGAUUGGGGUACAUUGUUCAUAUUUUACGGUCUUUACUUUGGAGUAUUAGGUAGAGAUAUUGCUGAAAUAUGUGCUGACACAAUGGCAGCCCAUAUUGGGUAUUAUACUCCCGAUAGUAUGCCAACCAGAGUUCUAGAAGUAAAUGUUUGCGCAGUAUGUGGAAAUAAACUUCUAGUUUCUGAAUUUGAGGAAGGUGUGAUCGAAAAUACAUACAAGCUUACUUGUGGCCAUGUUUUCCAUGAGUUUUGCAUUAGAGGCUGGUGCAUUGUGGGGAAAAAGCAAACUUGCCCUUAUUGCAAAGAAAAAGUCAACUUAACGAAAGUGUUUCGCAAUCCUUGGCAACGGCCGCACGUUUUAUACGGUCAAUUGCUGGAUUGGUUAAGGUGGCUUGUCGCGUGGCAACCGUUAAUUUUGUUUCUAGUUCAAGGUAUCAAUUGGGCUCUGGGCCUUGAGUAAGUAACAAUCGUAACAAUGUUGGUAAAAACCAAUUGCUCUCACAUGCAUUAUUGUUAUAGCAACGCUAAAGAGAAUGAUAAUGUGUUUGUAUUUUUGUACAUGCUAUUAUUAUUA